AUGGAACCGGCCGGCGGCGAAAAAUCAAACGAUAAUCGUCAAUCGGUGAAGCGGGAGAAAAUGGCGGAAGCGUACAAUGGGUCUGAAGUUAAUUACUCGCAAGGCGAUUCCCGGUUCCGCUGCGACGUAUGUGAUCUGACGUUUGAAGGGAUGGAAUUUUUGAUGCUACACAAGAAGUUUCACGGGAAUGACAGGGACGCCGGGCCAGUUUCCCGCGAUCCGGAGCCACAGACUCACAAGCAGACGACCACGAAAAAACGUCGUAAGUUCCGUUGCGAUCAUUGCGACGUGAAAGUCAACAGUCAAUAUCACUUGGACAUCCACCGCAGCAAGCACGAGGGUGUCACCUCCAAGAAGUACAUUUGCGAGGUCUGCGACCGCAGUUUCGUUGCAGCUCAGUUUUUAAAAUCACACAUGCAAACUCACUCUGCCACCAGCACUAUUAAUUGUGAGAUUUGCAACAAAAGUUUCACUGGACAAGCUUAUUUGAAGCUUCACAUGCAGCUACAUAAUGAUAUAAAGAAGUUUAAAUGCUCUAAAUGCGAUGAAAUGUUUCCGACUAAGAACUGUCUUAAAGUUCACAUGAAGAAACACACUAAAGUGAAGAAUUUCAAGUGUGAUAUAUGCAACAAGCAGUUUGUGUCAAAGAUCACAAUGGAGAAGCACAAGCAAACGCAUGAGGGACAGCCGGUAGACUGUCUGGUUAAGUGUCCACAGUGUGACCGUACGAUGCACUCAUCACUGCUUCGCACUCAUAUGGCUCGGGCCCAUCCCCCGAAUAUAGAUGAUGAUGUGAAGCGACCCUACAAGUGCUCGACCUGUGGAAAGUCGUUCAUUGUAAAGAUCAACUUGAACCUGCAUAUACGCGUGUGCCACCCGGACUUAGCCGAACCUGAGGAGGAGGAGGAAGACGUUAUGACCGACAACUCUUAG